CUCUUGUAACAUUUUGUCUCUUUCUUCCCCUUUAGGACAGUAAUGAUGAUACUGAAGAUGUGUCACUAUUUGAUGCGGAUGAAGAAGUACCCACGAGAUCAAGAAAGUCAAAGAUAAGACACCCGGUGGCAUCAUUUUUCCACCUGUUCUUCCGAGUCACUGCAAUAGUUGUCUAUCUGCUCUGCGAACUGAUCAGCAGCAGCUUUAUUGCCUGCAUGGUGUCAAUUAUCCUGCUCCUGUCUUGUGACUUUUGGGCAGUAAAGAAUGUUACAGGCCGGCUGAUGGUUGGCCUUCGCUGGUGGAACCAGGUGGAUGAUGAUGGCAAGAGUCACUGGGUGUUUGAAGCCAGGAAGGCAUCGGCUCAACGGAAAAAAGUCUCCUCCGAAGCAGAGUCCCGAAUCUUUUGGUUAGGGCUAAUUACCUGUCCUAUCAUCUGGGUGAUAUUUGCCUUCAGUGCCCUGUUCUCAUUCAAAGUGAAAUGGCUGGCAGUGGUUACGAUGGGAGUGGUUCUGCAGGGGGCUAACCUGUAUGGUUAUAUCCGGUGUAAAGUGGGCAGCAGAACAAAUUUAACCAGCAUGGCUACCUCCUAUCUUGGAAGACAGUUCUUGCGGCAGGCUGUGGCUAAAGAUGACCAAGCAGCGUCCUGAAGACUGAUCCAAAAUUGGAUUGGAUUUAUACUGGUGAACAACAGGAGAUGUUUUCUCACCAUGAGUUUGGGAGCUAGAUAAACUGUGUGUGGAUUUAUUUUAUUUUAUUUUAAAUUAAAUCUUGUAAGACUUUG